UCAGGUUAGUGCGCGCCGCGGUGCUGCGCUCGGGCUUCCGAGCGGCGCUGGGCGAGCCCGAGUCCCUCCGCGCCCCGCGAUCGGGGGGCUCUGCACGGGGUCACUGCGCCAGCCGAGCCGCGCACCCUCCGCGCCCGCCGCCAGCCACGGACAUGGACAUGAAGAAAAGGAUCCACUUAGAGCUGCGGAACAGGACGCCCUCAGAUGUGAAAGAGCUCGUUCUGGACAACUGCAGGUCGUACGAAGGGAAAAUCGAGGGCCUCACGGAUGAGUUCGAGGAGCUGGAAUUCCUCAGCACAAUCAACGUCGGCUUAACCUCAGUUGCAAACUUACCAAAGUUAAACAAACUUAAGAAGCUCGAGCUGAGCGACAACAGAAUCUCAGGAGGCCUGGAAGUGUUGGCAGAGAAGUGUCCGAACCUCACGCACCUAAACCUAAGCGGCAACAAAAUUAAAGAUCUCGGGACAAUAGAACCUCUGAAAAAGUUGGAAAACCUGAAGAGCUUAGACCUGUUCAACUGUGAGGUGACCAACUUGAACGAUUACAGAGAAAACGUGUUCAAGCUGCUGCCGCAGCUGACGUACCUGGACGGGUACGACCGGGAUGACAAGGAGGCACCGGACUCCGACGCCGAGGGAUACGUGGAGGGGCUGGAUGACGAGGAGGAGGAUGAGGAUGUGAAAGACCGGGAUGACAAGGAAGCGCCGGAUUCCGACGCCGAGGGAUACGUGGAGGGGCUGGAUGACGAGGAGGAGGAUGAGGACGAGGAGGAAUACGACGACGACGCUCAGGUAGUGGAGGAUGAGGAGGACGAGGAGGAGGAGGAGGAAGGGGAGGAGGAGGAUGUGAGCGGAGAGGAGGAGGAGGAUGAGGAAGGCUACAACGACGGCGAGGUGGACGACGAGGAGGACGAGGAGGAGCCUGAGGAAGAACAGGGCCAGAAGAGGAAACGAGAGCCUGAGGAUGAGGGGGAUGAGGACGACUGAGCAGCUUUUCCCUGGAAAAAAUUCCCUCUUGUGAUUUGACUGUUUUUAUCCCGGAAUUCCCCCUUUUCCCACUCCCAACCCUUUGGAUUUCCUUUUCUUUUCCUUUUUUUUUUUUUGGUUUUUUUUUUUUUGGUUUUUUUUUCCGGAUUGUAACGUUGCUGUGGGAACCGAGCGGGAGCAGCGAGGGUGGGAAGGGAAUAAAAUCCUAUUUUUACUGCC